UUAUAUUGGUCAACUAUACUUUUGUGAAUGGGAAACAGUCCUUCUUCUGCAGUUUGGGACUUCAACUCAAAUAGACCACUUGGGCAAUACAUACGAAGGUCUGAAAGCAGUUUGAGGUUUCCAAUCGCUACUGAGGAUCAAGCUGGUAACUCAAGGCGAAGUAGUGGUUCAACAAGAGCCAAUUCAGCGUCUGGUCGUAGCUCAAACACUGGCGUUUCCCGACAUGUUCCAAGGAGAGUAACUCGUCGAAACCGCAGUCCCUCACAUCAUUCAGUCCAUAGAGCAAGUAGGACUUCAAGAGUUGCUUUAGAAAGAUUGAUGGCAGAAACUAGACGAAUGCAUCAUAGUGGUGAUGGAGGAGAGAACAAGUGGACGGAAACAAAAGUGAAGCAAAUGGUGGAUUCUAAGUCGUUGGCUCCUCGUGACAGAGGCACUGACGAACCUAUAGGGGAGAACUUGGAUGAAUGUCCUAUCUGUUUUGCAUAUUUUCCUAUGUUGAAUACAACUUGUUGUUGUAACAAAGCUCUGUGUACCAAUUGUUUCUUGCAUAUUCAGAGGCAUGGUAAACGGAAGAGUUGUCCUUUUUGUAAUCGGCCCAAAUUAGAAGUCAUGUUCUUUGGUCCUCGAACGGAUGAAGAGCGUUUUCUAGAGUAUGUAGAGGACAUAUCUUUAGAGUUGAGAAAGAGAGCAAGUUUGAAAGAUGAAACGGAAUGUGUGUCCAAAAAAGAUGCUGUUUUACAAACUGAUGAUAAUUUUAUUCAGUUCGAUUCAGAGGAAGACAAAAGAAGUUCAUCUUUGUCUCAUUUGAGUUCUUCUUUAUUGGAAAGAGUCCGGAAUAGACUAGUUUUGUCGAAUAAUUCCGAUUAUUACGAGACAAAGGGUUUAUCCCUUCAAAAUGUUUGCAAUAUUCUCCAGCAAGAAGAAAUUUCAGAGGAAGACUUGGCUGUCAUUAUAGCCUUGCAUCGUUCAUAUAUGGAACACAAAUCCAAAAGCAGGGAGAGUUCAACGGAGAAGAAAGAUGAAUCACUUGGUGGAAGUUCACAUUCAGAACACCUAGUGGAUAUGGAUGAAGACGACUCUAGUUUUCUUGAUAUAUUUUCACUUUCUGGUUCGAGUAGCCAUCUUUACAAGCCAUCUUUGUCCACAUCUUGUCCAACUCAUUUCAAUCAGCUCAAUCAGACACGUUGUAGUGAGGAUAGCGUUGCAACUGGGAAUUCGUCAUCCCGUCUGGUGGAUAUAGAAGAUCCAGAAAGGUCCGAGUCUACCACAUUUUACUUGGAUGUACCUCCGAUAUCUCCCAGUCUACAUUUUAUGUCUAAAAGUCAGUCGAGUGAAACACAGGAAUGAUUGAACUUGUAGACAAAAGUCAUAUAUAUAUAUAUAUAUCGAUGUACAAACAGUUGUAGAAACCAAUGUUUUCCUUAUAAAACGAUUGUAAUUUUA